AUGGUCGAGACAAAGUCCACAAAGCGAUACGAAAAGAUCAAGCAUUUGGGAGAAGGUCAAUUCGCCAAUGUCUACAAAGCCAAAGACAAUGUGACUGGAGAAGUGGUGGCGAUCAAGAAGAUCAAACUUGGCUCAAGACACGAAGCAAAAGAUGGCAUCAAUCGAACCGCUUUGCGAGAGAUAAAACUUUUGAAAGAAAUUCACCACGAAAACAUCAUCUCACUACGAGACGUCAUCGGUAACAAAAGCAGUAUUUCGCUGGUUUUCGACUUCAUGGAGACGGAUCUCGAGCAUUUGAUCAAGGAUACGACAAUCAUCCUCUCUUCUCCACACAUCAAGAAUAUAAUGAUGCAGACGUUUCUUGGGCUCAACUUUUUGCACGCGAACUUCAUUCUUCAUCGCGAUCUGAAGCCGAACAAUUUGCUGAUGAACAACAUGGGACGCGUGAAGAUCACCGAUUUUGGUCUGGCACGAUUCUUCGGGUCACCGAGUAGAGUCUACACGCAUCAGGUUGUUACACGAUGGUACCGCUCUCCUGAAUUGCUCUAUGCCGCUAAAAGCUACGGGGUGAAUGUCGACAUUUGGGCGAUGGGAUGCAUUUUCGCCGAACUUUUACUACGAAACCCAAUCUUUCCUGGAGAAAGCGAUUUGGAUCAACUUGUUAAAAUUUAUCGAUUUCUUGGCACUCCGACGGAAGAUGAUUGGGCUUUGAUGAAGCAAUUGCCCGAUUAUGUCGAGUUUACCGAGAAUUAUCCACGUAUGGAUUUCAAGGCGGUGUUUACUGCAGCUGGGGAUUCGGCAAUCGAUUUACUCGAGCGGAUGUUCGAAUUUGAUCCAUUAAAGAGAUGGAACACUGAUCAAUGCCUUGGUAGUAUGUACUUUCAGAUUGAGCCAUAUGCGUGUGAUGAUUCAGAGCUACCACUUCCCAACAAAAAUCAAAAUGCUUCGAAGAGGCGAAGAAUACUUAGAGAUGGGCCUGAAUCUCCACCAAGAAGACGUCUCGUCUUUGAU